AUGGCCGGGUCUGAGGAGCAAAAAGCACGAGCGCUGGAAUAUCUGGGAAAAGCCAGCAACCUCGAGAACGCACGUGCGCAGCUGAAAUUGAUGCUAAAGCUCGUCAGGACGAUACCAGAGUUGGGCAAGUACUUUCAAUCAGUCGAGGCGCAGAACAACACUGGAUCUAUUCAGUUUGAGCAUUUGUGGACCAUCUUUCCACCCGGGGAGAUCGUUUUCUCAACACUGUUCAUGAACGAACCCCAGCUUUUUAUCGUCAAGGACUCCAACGACAAGCGCGACAUAGACGAGAGACCUGGAAAAGACACGUCGGAUGUGUCAUGGUCGAUGGUUGCUUGGGCCUACGACUGGGACGGGGCUUGUUUCAAGAGAGUGCCAGUGCAAUUCCGAUUCGAACAGUAUACGGGGAGCAAGGUUAUCAGUACACUUCAUUGUCAUCCUUUCAAGUUCCACAAACCGGAAGACGCAUCAAGAUCUGAUGAAGCUUCACGAGAAGCAAUGGAAGCGGCAUUGCUAGAACGCGGCAAGAGGUUUGCGGAACUAUGCGUGAAGCAGCAGGGAUCGCAGAUGUUUGAUUACGACGGAUUUGUAGUCUCUCACGGUACUGGCUUUCAAAAUGAGGCCGACGAUGGUGGCGACAUCUUGUGGCGCAUGAUACUUAGUAGAGGCAGUCAGAGGGGCAAAGAGCGAAGAGCGCCCAAAAAACGACGUAUCCAAGGCCGUGUUAUGGUGGACUUUGAAGCUUACCUUCAGUACUCCCCAUGGUCAGGCACUUACGCACCUAUGGGCUCGGCAGACUUUCCUCGCAGAAAUAAUGAGUGUCGAUGCCCAGCUUGCGUUACGAACGCAGCUCUCAGAGACAGCCAGAAGAUGGCCUACGACGGUGUCAAGACGCAGACCCAUUUCGAAGAUCUCCAGUUCAAGAUUUGCCCUCCGAGGGUACUUGGCUAUCAUCUGGAUUCAAGAACUUGGUUGGAAUUAAGUGUAGGGAAACAAAAGACAAGCUCCAGCGAAGCCACCGAAGAAUGGGAAAGCUACCUCAAAGAUAUCAAGGAAUUGCGUAGCUCCGAGGCGUUUGAGAAGCUACAGCUUCUUGCAACACAAAAGUCGCUAAUCAAGGACCUAGUGCGGUGUCACUCUAGUGGGGCUAAUUCGAAGCCAUUGAUGACGGACAUCAUCAAAGGUAAAGGAAAGGGGCUAGUGAUUUUGCUCCACGGGCCACCAGGUGUUGGAAAAACUCUUACGGCAGAAAGCGUCGCCCAGCUCGCCGGCAAGCCGCUCUUUUCUGUCGGUGUUUCCGAUAUUGGUCUCAAACCAGCGGAGGUGGAGCAAAAUCUCGAAGCGCUCUUCGAACUGGCGGCUAAUUGGCGGGCUGUAUUGCUGUUUGACGAAGCCGACGUGUUCCUCGAAUCGCGGAGCAGUCAUACGUCAGAUCUCAACCGCAACGCUUUAGUGUCGGUCUUGCUCAGGGUCCUGGAAUACUAUGAGGGCAUUCUAAUACUUACGACGAAUCGAAUUACCCAGUUCGAUAUUGCCGUACAGAGCCGCGUAAAUUUGGGCAUCAAGUAUGAUGAUCUACAACGCGACCAGAAACAGGAGAUCUUUGACAACUUCAUUGGCCAGCUCAAGCCUGACCAGGUGAAGGACAAGGAAAUGAUUCGACGCUGGUUUAAGGACGAAGAAGAGGCUAGAGAUUGGACCGAGGGACUUAAUGGACGACAAAUCAGGAACAUUUUGUUUUCGGCCGCGAGCCUGGCUCAGCAGGAUGGUGGAGAACUAGACUUGAAACACAUAUCUAGAAUGGCCAAGAGCACCUGGAGAUUCCAUGACAGUAUCAAGAGCGUUGUUGACGAGGCACGCCGGAGAGCUGAGGCCGGGAGGAAAUAG